CGGGUGUCCUCGGGGAUGCUCAGGGGCGCGGGGCGGGCGCAGCCGCAGGGCCGCGGCCCGCGCGGCCUCCCGGGGUCACCUUGGGCAGAGCGGCCUCGCCCCCGCUGCGGCCGCGGCCCCGCGGGCGCGCCGGGCCGGGCCGGGCGGGCCCUGCGGCAGCGGGGGCGCUCCGGGGCCGCCGCCCGCCAGGCCGGGGGUGCGGAGGGUGCCGAGACCCCGCGGGUGAUGAUGGCCGUGGGCGCCCGCCGCCCCCGCCGCCCCGAGCCGCUGCCGGGCGGGGGGCGCAGCCCGGGGCUCCCGCAGCCCCUGCCCCGGGCCAGCUCCCGCCCGAGGCGGCGGCAGCGGCCCGGCCGUGGUCGGCUGCGCCCCCGCGGGCGGCGCAGCGGGAGGAGGCGCCGCCCCGGCCGUCAUUUCCGCCGAGUGCGGGGCGGGGGAGGGGGCAGAGCGCUCGCCUCCUCCUCCGCGGCGGCCGGAGACACAGAGACCCAGAGCGGGGCCAGGGCAGCUCCGCCGCCGCUGCCGCCGCCGCGCCCGCGGGCCGCGCCGCCCCGCCAGCCGAGCCCGGCCCGGCCCCCGCCCUGCAUCCCUCCCGCCCCCCGCCCCGGCCCGGCCAUGGGGAACGCAGCCACCGCCAAGAAGGGCAACGAGAUCGAGAGCGUGAAAGAGUUCCUAGCCAAAGCCAAAGAAGACUUUUUAAGAAAAUGGGAAAGCCCCCCUCAGAAUACUGCUGGCCUAGAUGAUUUUGAGAGGCAAAAAACCCUUGGAACAGGAUCAUUUGGGAGAGUAAUGAUGGUGAAACAUAAAUCCACAGAACAGUAUUAUGCUAUGAAGAUACUGGACAAACAGAAGGUCGUCAAACUGAAGCAGAUAGAACACACACUGAAUGAGAAGAGGAUAUUACAAGCAGUGAACUUUCCUUUCCUUGUUAAACUGGAGUAUUCUUUUAAGGACAAUUCUAAUUUAUACAUGGUAAUGGAGUAUGUUCCUGGUGGAGAAAUGUUUUCACAUCUAAGAAGAAUCGGAAGGUUCAGUGAACCACAUGCACGGUUUUAUGCAGCUCAGAUAGUGCUAACAUUUGAGUACCUCCAUUCAUUAGACCUCAUCUACAGAGAUCUAAAGCCUGAAAAUCUUUUAAUUGAUCAGCAAGGAUACAUCCAGGUCACGGACUUUGGCUUUGCAAAAAGAGUAAAAGGCAGAACUUGGACGUUAUGUGGGACUCCAGAAUACCUGGCACCUGAAAUAAUUCUCAGCAAGGGUUACAACAAGGCAGUGGAUUGGUGGGCACUAGGAGUGUUAAUCUAUGAAAUGGCAGCUGGAUAUCCCCCAUUCUUUGCAGAUCAGCCCAUUCAAAUUUACGAGAAGAUUGUGUCUGGCAAGGUGAGGUUCCCAUCACACUUCAGUUCAGACCUAAAGGAUCUUCUAAGAAAUUUACUCCAGGUAGAUUUGACCAAACGAUAUGGAAAUCUCAAGAAUGGUGUAAAUGACAUAAAGAAUCACAAGUGGUUUGCAACUACAGAUUGGAUUGCCAUUUAUCAGAGAAAGGUAGAAGCUCCAUUCAUACCAAAGUGCAGAGGUCCUGGAGAUACCAGCAACUUUGAUGACUAUGAAGAAGAAGAUAUUCGUGCUUCUCUAACAGAAAAAUGUGCAAAAGAAUUUGCUGAUUUUUAGUAGGAGUAAGAGGACAAGAUGACAUCAGGGCUCACAUUGGGAUCUUUGCACUCUGUUAACAGAUGAGGUGGAGCUGAGACCAUCAUAUGUCAAAACAGUUACCUAGUUACUUCAUUCCACAAAGCUGACUGAGGUCUUUAUUGCCAUCUUCCAUGUGUGCAGUUUGCACCAACCCUUCUAACUAGGCACAAUUAAGCAAGCACUGUUUGUGCAGUAACACAGAAUAAUAGACCACUUUCCUACUUAACUUUGGUUUCUGUCGUUCUUUGUUUCUGUGUAUUGUUCAUUUUCCCCCUUUGAAAUGAAGUAGUUUUUUACCCAAGAAUGCUCCAUUUUAUUUUGAAUAAUGUAUUAUUUGUGUGAGUGAAAUGGAAGGUGUUGCGGCUAGUGUGAUUUAGACUGAAGUGAAAGAUAAAUGUUGCUUCUAGUCUGUGCCAGCCAAUAAUUCAUGUCUGUCUUGUGUCUGAUGCUACAAUUUAUAAUAAUUUUUUAGUAGCUCAGACUAAACCUAGCCAACAUUUUUAGCAUUUUUGAAGGUAGUAUUUAUCGCCAUAUAAAUGUCUGCUAAAUUAACUUAAAAACAUUUCUUCCUGGAGGCUGACCAAAAUUCAGUAGAAUCAAUUGGAUGGCUUAAGUAGGGGACAGUAGCUAGACCCCGUGCCUUGGUUUUCUACAUCCCUGCAGUUUUCGUCACUGCCUCCUUCCUUUGUAUUUCCCACCUAGGCAGUUGGCAAGUUGCCAUAACCAGACUGUACCAUGGAAAGCUUACAGUCUCGUGAGAGGGAGUAAUUCCAUCUGGUCUGGACUUUGGACCAUAUUAAACCAAGUCAACUUACCAGCAUUUCAGUUGGCAGGUGUGAAAUGGCUUGUUUAAGAUCAAGAACCCUAAACUCUUAAAGGAAGUUUUGGUCAGUACUGUAGAGAAUUCAUUUUGAUUCACUUUUUCUUCUUCUGUUUUUUUCUUAUUUUUUUUAAAGUAGCCAAUGUUUCGGCUCCCAAAUUAUUCCUUGCUUCAAGCCUUUUUUGAUUAAAAAAGGCAUCCAUUAGAAUAAAAACCAUCAUGCCACAGAAAGCAAAAUGCGCUCUGCCAUUCGCUAUGAAAAACAAAUGGUUUAGCAAAUGCAAAAUAAUGUUCUAGAUGCAUCGCUGGAUGAACACGGUUAUUUUUUGUUAGCUGUUAAGAAUAAGAGGUUAUUGCCAAGUUUUUAUUCUGGUAUACUAUAUUAGUAAACUGAGGAUGGAGUACUGCUACAAUCAUUUUCUUUUUAAUUACAGCACUUCAUUCAUGAAGAAAAGAGAUCAAGUUUAAAAACUGCAACAGCUGAGUUUAUUAUAGUUGCGUUGUGUCUUCAUUUCUAACCUACUUUCUUUCAAUCAAUCAGAAUGUAUGGUCACACAGAUACAAGUAUUUGGGUUUAAUUAUGUUUUGUAUACUCUCACCAACUGACUUAAAAGGUAUUGCUACCAUGUGCUAGCUUUGGGCACUUUUACACAUUUAUUUCAAUGUUAAUAAUCAGCGGCUCAGCACUUUUUUUGGGGUUGCUUUUAAACUUAUUCAUAGUAGUUUUAUUUGAACACUUGGUUCUGGCUGUCUCAGUGACCUGUCUUAAAACAGCACAUCUAAAAGUUUCAACUAGACUCAUGUUUUAUGAUAAAUUUACAUGCAUACAAGGAUGAAUUGUUUUUUUAAAAAAUGAGCUAUAUUGAUACAUAGCCAUUGGAUUUGUUUGAAUGCCAGUGCAAAUAAACUGCUGGCGUUCCUUCCUUUUAAUCUGUACAACGCUCCUAAAAGAAAGGCCUUUGUAGACAUUUUACAAAAGAGUAUGAAACAUACCACCCAAUGUUCUGUCUGUUUAGGUUGUUGAGCAUUUUUGCACAACGUCAUUAGGAGGCUGACACUGAAUGCAGUCUUUGUCCACCCAUAUUUACAUACAUGCAAGAAAAGUAUAAGAUACUUUGCUGUAGCAAAUUUUAUGUAACAAAGAUAUAUCGUCACAUUAAUAAAUUUAAAGAAAUCCUUUGUAUGAAAAUGUUAAAAUCUUUUGUAUUUCAUUUAGACCAAGGACAUGCUGCUGUAUGCUAGCUGUAUGCGAUAAAUUCUACAGUAACUUUGUUGUCGUUUAUGAACUUUAAAAGAUUUUAAUAAAUGUUGAAGAUCACAA